GCUGAUGUCACUAGGUAUCGAUAUAAAUGCUUGCGAUUCUCGAAGUGAACACGCUUGAAUAUUUCCGCGAAUUUUCCAUGGCGAACGGAAAGAUUUUGUUGAGAGCGGUUGAGGGUCCGGUCCGAGACUGAUAGCGUAACUUGGUAUGUCCGUUAUGAGCUUCUAAGAGACGUCUAGCCAAGAGGUACACAUAUGCGUACGUUUUUGGAUACAGGUUGGCUGGUAGUUGACUAUCUCUCGACGGUGAUGUGAAGAAAUAUGUUUAACGACCUUUCGCGAAGAUCCGAGAGUGAUAAAAGUACGCAUUUGCAAGUUAAAUGCACAAAGGACUUUGUUGCUAUCGACCACGAGAAGAAGUUCGAAAACUGGUCUUUCGUAAGGCAUUAGCCACUAACGUAUGUAUAACUAAUUUAUCACAACAGAAUGGCACAGACAAAAAACAAGAGGGACAUGACACGAGCAAACGAUAAUAACAAGUUAAAAACGUUGAAAGGUCUUCGUACAUGUAAGGUUGUAUUACAUAACAUUGCUUUAGAUAAAGAUCUAGUUCAACGUUAUCAAUUGCAUCUCUCCGAAAAGAGAACGGAGAAAUUAGAGCACUCGUCGUCGUGUAUCAAUACGUCUAAAGGUUCUUCUAAUGUACGGAUAAAAAAGGAAAACAUAUGGGAAGAUAGUACGCAGGAUAAGACUUUUCGUAGAAGGGGUCGUCCGAAAAAAUUAACUCAAUGGAAAAAUGAAGAAUGUAAAAAUGUUAAUGAAUUUUUAGACGAUGUAUCGUUGUCAGUGUACCGUCAGAAUCGCAAACUAAUUCAGCCAGGAUUUAUAGCGCAGAAGAAGCAAUUGAAGCAUGAUAAUAGUGAUAAAUCCUUUUUAUUGAGUAAAAGUUGUGAUGAAACAUCUACCAUAUCUUCAUGUAGUUAUGCAGAAACGAAGACUGUGCCAUUAAAUAAUAGAAAACAUAUUAAUAAAAAAACAAAAGGGCAAAAGGCAAAAUGGACUAGAGGGGGAAAAAAGCCAAAGUUUAUUAAAUCAGAUACAAAUAUGACAUCGAUGCAAGUCAGUUCCAACAGUGACAAUUAUUUGGAUGAAAAGAAUUUAAAUACUACUGAUAACGUCAAGAUGCAAGAGAUAAGCGAAACCAUCAAGAAGUGUACAAAUAUGAUACGUAAUUCGUACAGUGUUAGUAAUGGGAAAGUUUGCAAUCUAAAAAUGGAACAAUGCAUAAAGAAUCAAAACACUAAAUUUUCAGAUAUAAUUGACACAGAUGUAGGAAGUAAAAUUUCUGAAACAUCUGACGAUACUGAGACUGAUCUUAUUAAGCCUAAAGAUGCAAGUUUUUCAGUAAAAAAUCUUUUUGCUGUAUAUAAUAAAAUGUAUGGAUCUCAAGAUCAAGAAACAACAGCAAAAACAAAAUUAAGCAAAGAAACUACAUCUUCGGUUAUAGACAGUACUGUACAAACAACAAAUGUUUCAGAAUCAUUUACUUUAAGUCACAUCUGUCCAACGUCUAAGCCUAAUCAUGUAACUAAGAAAUCAUCUAAUUUUCUUACAACAAAAAUUGAAAAACAAUGUGCGAAUAAUGCAAGGACAACUAAAAAAAACUUACCAAAAAUAACUGAAGAUCAUAUUUUACCAAAAGGUACGAUAAAAAUUGUGAAAGUAAGUAGUGACGACAGCUUACAGAGUAGUGCUUCUGAGCAAAAUAGGUCUAGCAAUACUAACAGCAGUAUGAAGCAAAUUUCUCACAUUGAUACACUUGAAUUCACAAAUGUUCUCAAAGAAAAAAAAUAUCACACAUCUGAAAUAGAUACAUCAAUCGAUAUAUUGAAAGUAUCAAAAUCUACAUCAGCUCUUAACAAUAAUAUUAAUUCACAAAAUAAGAAUACAGAUAAUAAUGAAUUUCAUAGUACAAGAAUUGAUCGUGAAAACAUCAAUUCUUUGAUAGAAAUAAAAAAUAACAUUCAUAAUAAUGUAAAUGUUAGUGAUGUUGACAGUAUAUCAACAGAAAUAUAUGAAAAAUGCACUUUAAAUUGCCAAAAACAAUUGAAUAGACUACAUAAUGGUGAAGAGAACAUAUUACAGGGUGAUAAAAGUAACAAAAUAAAUUCUGUUGAAAACAUUUUAAACAAGAACACUUCAAACCUUGUGGACGAAAGUGAAAGCUGUAAUGUCAACAGCUCAUUAAUAUUUGCUAAAAAUGAAGCAACAAAACAGAAUCGAAAACGUAUUGCAGAGGAAACUGCUUUAAAGUUGGAAAAUAAAAAAAAGAGAUUAAUAUUAAAUAGAACCGUUUGGCUGCAAAAUAAUGAAACACAUGAUAAAUCAUUAAAUAAUCAAGAAUCUAAUAAUCUUCCAAAUACAAUAGUAACAGUAGAAUCAAACAUAUCCGAAAAAGAUGUUUCCAGACAAAAAACGGAUUUACGAGAACAUUUGAAUAAAAAAAGAUUGAAAUUUCCCGAACUAUCGAAACUUGAAACUGAAAUUAAUAAUAAAAAUAGUGUAGAGUCUAAGCAAACAAUUUUAAAUGAUAAAAAUGACAGAACUACUCCAACAAAGGCAACAAAGAAAAAAGAAUUUCACAGACCGCUCUUUUUCGACGACAAAGAACCAAAUUUAAAUAAAACUUUGAAUAAAGAGAAAGAUAUCCAAACCAUCCCAAUUAACAACAAUCACACGGAACGUGCUGAUAGCACGUUACAGAACAUAGAAGAAACGCAACAUUUAAGUCAAAAGACAGAAACAGAAAAAAGUGGUGAUCACGAAAAUAAUAAUAUACAAGAAUGUACGAAUAGCAAAAGUGAUGAUAAAAAUGAUGAUAAUGAUGAUGGUGAUUGCAUUUCUCUGUUUGCAGAAUCCAUGGACAUGACUUUUUAUGAAAAUUCAUUUGAAAAAGAACCAAAUAAAGAUUCAAAAAACAAAUCAAUUAAAUCUUUACAUUCUGAUGAACCAUACAUAAUGACUACCAGCAGUUUUAAUAAAUAUGUAAAACAAAAUGCAACAGAAUUUAAUAAGGAGUAUGAACAAUGUGUAAAAGAUAGUGUAGAAAAAUUGAAUAGAGCUGAUGAAACAAAAAGAGAGUUCAACAAUCAAUCGAGACAGACUAUGCGCACAAAUUGUGUAUCUGAAACUAGAAUUGCAUCAAAAGUAAUACCUGAAACUAAAAACGUGGAAAUACCAAAAUGCCAAUUGUUAAAAAAGAAUACUCUUAGGAACUUUAUACAUGGAUAUUGCUUUACAAGGUUAAAGAAAGGUUUCUGUAACUUCACUCAAUGUAGAUACAAACACGAGCUUUCGGAUCUCUUUAAAGUAAUUUAUUUGGAAGACGAUAAAACGAUAGUAAAUAUCCUGCAAGAGGCAUUGUAUUUUGGUUAUAAUUUUUUUUGCAAAACAUUAUAUGUAACAGUAUUGCGAAAAUUAACGACUAAUCAAAUUUUAGUCGUGUACCAAAUGUUUCAUUCAGAUAUUCAUGUAAAUGAAGAAUUUACACAUUCAAUAAAGAGAGAUAUCAUUCGGGAUAUUAUUAAGGAACUGUUAAACCGGCGGUUGUCAUUACAAACGAUCGUAAAUUACUUGCUAGAAUACAUUACGACCAAUGACCCGAAUAAUCUUGUAAACAUAUUAACAUGUAUUGAACAGUAUAUCAAACGUGGUGAAUAUUGGAGUACUGUAAAAAAUUUAAUUAUGAGAUUGCCUCCUGAUAACUUGAAACAUGUCGUUCAAAAGAUAUUGCUCGAUUGCAAAGAGAGUAAAUCAAUUGACGUUGAAGAUAUUUACGAUAACUUAAUAAGUAAAGUUCCGCACAUUAUAUUAAUAUCAAUGGUGGACAAAGGCUUAUUGGAACAUUUCGAAAGAUUGCGUAAUGAAAAAACUAAAAAUAACUCCGGUCCUACGAUUCAGAAUUUUGGAGAAAACUUGUGGGAAACUAUUGCAUCUCCCGACGGAAGUGUGAACUUAUCUCAGACAGAAUCACCAAGACAUGACGAUACUUUUAUAAACAAAAGUACAAAUGAAAUUAAGAAUGCAGCGGAAAUGAACGGAGAAUUUUACACUUUACAACCUAUCGAUUUUGAUUUACCUGAAACACGAUCGGUUCAUAGAAAUAGUACGCAUCUCUGGAAAUUUUAUGUGGAUUUAGACAGAUUUAAAAAGGGACUUUUACAUAAUGAUUAUGAUUAUGUUAUUAAAAUUUUAAGAAAAUAUGCAGAAAAGGAAGAUGAUAAGCAAGAAAAUACAUUUUUUGUUCGCGCUUGUUGUACUAUACUUCGAACAGAGGUAAAACGUUCAGACCAACACUUAAAAAACAUCAUACGUCGCACAGUCCAAAUUGGCAUCUUCGACAUUCUAGGAAAAAUCUUAUUUGAGAUAGGAUUAGACAUUCUGACCUGUUUAGUGGACGAUCGGGCUUGGGGGCUUGCAUUAUGUUUGCUUCAAUCACUUAAUAUACAUGAUUUACCAUGUAAUGCUACGUAUUACUUGCUGUCGGCUGAGAUUUAUUUAGCUAACAAAAAAGCGCUAACAGCAUACGAUUUACUUAAAUACAAGAAUAUUAUAUGUACUAGUCGUCAUAAGUGGUAUGUUAAAAGUACCAUUAACGAUGAGUCUGUACGGAACAAAAUCAUACACAUUUUAUUGGAUUCAUUUUGUAAUCAAUUUGUUGAACAAGCUUUCUUUCUUUUUAAAUUUUUACUUAAAGAUCAAUGCAGUCAGUAUUACCCAAUAGAUUUAUCUAGUUACGUGGACAAAUUAAUAAUGUUAUCUUUGUCAAAAAAAGAUGCCAAUUUAAUUACAGAGAUGGCCAACUUAAUACUUAAAUAUACCUUUAUGUUAAGUACAGCAACGUGUCGUGCACUAAUUUCAACAUUAAUUCACAUGGACGAAAAUCUAGCUAGACAAAUAUAUAAUUACGCAGAAGUCAUAGGUAUCUAUCCAGCAGUGAAGCUGUGGCCAGUAACGUGCAUCAUUAUAAAUACUAAUUUGACAGAGGAAGAAAUAUAUCUUACAUUUCUGCAAUUAUUAAAAAAUCUUAUAAUAAAUUUUGGACAUGCGAUUGAGUUUGCUAAACCUCAUCAAAUCAAAGUGUACCUUAUCCUGGAGAUAAAAUCGAUUAAUGAACAGUCUUAUUACGCAGAAUUACAGAACCAUAAUAAUAAAGCUAUUACAGACACAAAAGCAUUAAUCAGAAACGUUUUAAAAAAACGGUUUGAUCCACCUAUAUUAUUAAUGCCAGUUAAUAGUAAGAGUAGAAUAUGUAAAUUACAAAGCAAAAGUGUUAUAAAUUAUUUAAAAACCGAACAUUGUAAUUAAUAUCGUACUUCUUUAUUCUUGGAUAACAGUGCAUUAUGAGAUCAAGUAACAGAUUAAUAUCUGUUUAUUAGUAUCAACUAAUAUUAACUAUUAAAAAGAAAAACUGAAAAGUACUGUGCGAUAUUGCUCUAACUUCUUAAAAAAAAUCUAAAAAAGAUAUUUUAUUUUAUAACGUUGAGCAUAUUCAUUCUUUAUAUUUAGUUUA